AUGAAGACUGAUUUGGUGGGAUUGUCAGGCCCAAAAGAAGAGGCCAGCACGGAGAAGGAGAUGUGUGGCAUGCAGUCAUUGAACAGCCAGGGCAGCCUGGACUCCAACAGGGAGGAUGACAGAGCAUCUCUCGUCCUGACCCUCACACUCUACAAUGUGAGGAAGAUUGAGCUCUCUAAGGCAGCCGAAGUCUUUGAGAUGUUUGAAAUUCAAAUCUAUCACUUUGAAACCCGUCGAGCCAAAAAGCCCAAGAACUCUGUGGAUGAUCUUGACAUUUUUGUUGAAUGUGAAGUUCACAGUGCUGAUGUUAGUAUCCUUAUCACCUCCUUAAAGAGAGUAGCAAAGGAUGUGAAAACCAGCAGAGAAGACAAAGUGCCCUGGUUCCCCAGAAAAAUCCAAGAUCUGGACAAGUGUCACCAUCUGAUCACUAAAUAUGACCCCAAUUUGGACCAUGGUCACCCUGGAUACUCUGACCUGGAGUACCACAAACGGAGGGCAUUCUUUGCCGACCUGGCCUUUAAUUACAGAGCAGGAGACCCUUUACCUCACAUUGAGUACACGGCGCAGGAAACAGCAACCUGGAGAGAAGUCUACAGGAAGCUGAGGAGCCUUUACCCUACUCAUGCCUGUACCCAGUACCUGGAUGCUUUCCAGCAGCUCGAGAAGCACUGCGGCUACCGAGAGGAUAACAUCCCUCAGCUUCAGGAUGUCUCCAGAUAUUUAAAAGAGAGAACAGGUUUCCAGCUGAGACCAGCUGCAGGACAGCUGUCUGCUCGUGACUUCCUUGCCAGCCUGGCAUUUCGUGUCUUUCAGUGCACACAGUAUACAAGGCAUUUCUCUUCUCCUAUGCAUUCCCCAGAACCAGACUGCUGCCAUGAGUUGUUGGGUCAUGUUCCCAUGCUGGCUGACAGGGAUUUUGCCCAGUUCUCACAGGAUAUUGGACUGGCUUCUCUUGGAUCAUCUGAAGAGGAGAUUGAGAAACUGGCCACACUUUACUGGUUCACUGUGGAGUUUGGCCUCUGCAAGCAAAAUGGAUUGAUCAAAGCUUACGGGGCAGGACUGCUUUCAUCUUAUGGGGAGCUGAUGUAUUCUUUGUCAAACAAGCCAGAGUACAAGCCUUUUGAUCCAGAAGUGACUGCAGUUCACCCCUACCAGGAUCAAGCCUUCCAGCCUGUCUAUUUCAUAGCAGAAAAUCUGGAAGAUGCCAAGGUCAAGUUUCAGAACUAUGCGAUGAAGAUCAAGAAGCCUUUUGCUCUGCACUAUGACCCCUUCACCAGCAGCAUAGAGAUUUUGAACACACCACAGAAAGUCAAGAGGGCACUCCACCAGAUAAAAGAGGAACUGGAAAACUUCUGCUUGGCCCUUGAAAACCUCUCUUAA